CGCGUCAUAAAAUAUUGUUUUGUCUUGAAAAAUAUUAGUCCUAGGUGAUAUCCUUGAAAUUAAUAUGGAAAUAUUGAUUAUUUUUACGUUACUUUUCGGAUUCGUAUUUGGCGCAGAUGAAGUAAUACAAUUAGACCAAGGAAAGUUGAUUGGUGGUAGUUUAAGAACAAGAAAUGGACGAGAAAUCAAAGCUUUUCAGGGAAUACCUUAUGCCAAAUCACCAACUGGAGAUCUUAGGUUUAAGGACCCAGUACCAGCAGAACCGUGGGUAGGCAUAUUAAAUGCUACUACUGAGCCACAAGUAUGUAUUCAGAGAAAUUUGUUUUAUUAUCAACAAGCAGACAUUCUAGUCGGUUCAGAGGACUGUCUAUAUUUGAAUGUGUAUACUCCAAAAAUACCAAAAAAGGGUGAUAGAGAAUUGUUUCCAGUUAUGGUUUGGAUUGCUGGUGGUGGUUAUUUUGCGGGUUCAGGAGGUUUAAGUUUAUACGGUCCUCAAUAUUUGUUAGACAAGGAUAUAAUUUUGGUUACUAUGAAUUACAGACUUGGAAUUCUAGGGUUUUUAAGUACUGAGGACGAUGAUUUGCCGGGUAAUUAUGGUUUGAAAGAUCAAGUCUUAACUUUAAAAUGGGUAAAAAAAAAUAUUGGUAAAUUUGGCGGUGAUUCAAGAAAAGUUACAAUAUUUGGGGAAAGUGCAGGAAGUGCUUCUGUUGGUUUACAUUUGUUAUCUCCAAUGAGCAAAGGGCUGUUUCACAAAGCAAUCAUGGAAAGUGCAUCACCAUUAAAUAUUUGGGGUGUAACUCCGCCGGGAUAUGCUAAACGAAGAGCUUCAGCUGUUUCAACUAUUGCUGGAUGCCCUGAAGAUCCAAAACAAAUGCUUAAAUGUUUAAAAGAAGUACCUGCAAAAGUUUUGGUGAACCUUUAUAACAGUUUUUUUGAGUGGAGAAAUUAUCCAAUUAUUAAUUUCAUGCCUGUUGCUGAAACCUGUAGCAGAAAAAAAGAAUCGUUUUUAUGCAAUUAUCCUUUGACUGACUUUAAACAAAAAUCAAGAGUUCCAGUUUUAAUCGGAAUGAACUCGGGAGAGGGUGGUAUUUUUGCAUCUCGAAUGUAUAAUGCAACUGAUCUUGUGUAUACUGAGUUGAAAGAAGAUUUCGAUCAUUAUGUAUCGUCAUUUUUACAGUAUAGAUAUACGACUAAGUAUUCAGAUAUUCCAGUAAUUGGUGACAAAAUAUUUGAACGAUACUUUCCUGAUGGGACUUUGAAUAAUCCUUUGGAUGCUGUUAAAAUGAUUUCAGGUGGACUAUUUUUACAUGGUAUUUUCAAAAUGGCAGUUGAGCUGGCAUCACCAGUUUAUUAUUACAUAUAUGAUCAUCAGAAUUAUGUUUCAUUUAAUUCAUUGUACGGACCAUACCCAUUUCCAAAAAAAUUAGGAGUAACGCACGCUGAUGAAAUAACCAGUCUGUUUUAUACAACUGAACGUGGAGAUUUGCAGGGCGAGGACCUUAAUGUAUCAAAUCUUAUGGUGAACAUUUGGACAAAUUUCGCCAGCACCGAUACUAUGACAACUGAUGGCUCAAAAAAAGGAAAAAAAUGGCCGAAAUUUAAAAAAAAAAAAUACGAAUUUGUUUUGAUAAAUACAAGUAUCCCUUUGAUUAAAGAAGGACCAUAUGUUGAUGAAUAUGAAUUUUGGAAUAGCUUGCCACUUUUAUCUGGAUUGAAUGAACCUCAACGGUCAGAAAAAUUGGAACUUCUCAAUAUGCGUCAUACUGUGUUGGUCGGUUUUACGUUACUUUUUGAAUAUGUUUUUUGCACCGGUCCACUGAUAAACGUACACGAAGGCCAGUUGAAAGGAAAACAAUUCUUGUCAAGAAACGGACGGAAUUUUUUCGCAUUUCAGGGAAUACCAUAUGCAAAACCACCGGUGGGACAGCUUCGAUUUAAGGCUCCGGAACCAAUUGGUCCCUGGAAAGGCGUAUUGAAUGCUACAUCGGAACCGUCGAUGUGUAUUCAAAAGAAUCUUUUCUUGUACCAGACGUCUAAUGUCCUCUUGGGCAGUGAAGAUUGUCUAUAUCUAAACGUCUACACGCCUAAGCUGCCCAAAAUAGGUGUGAAAAAUUUACCUGUCAUGGUAUGGAUUCCCGGAGGAGGUUUUAGCUCGGGACAUGGUGGUAUGCGACUUUACGGCCCUAAGUAUCUAAUGGAUAAGGACGUUGUUUUGGUUACAAUCAAUUACAGGAUCGGAAUUCUCGGAUUUUUGAGCGCUGAAGAUGACAUAUUGCCUGGAAAUUAUGGUUUGAAAGAUCAAGUAUUAGCACUUCGCUGGGUACAAGAUAAUAUCUCCAAGUUUGGCGGCGAUAAUAAAAAAGUUACAUUGUUCGGCGAGAGUGCAGGAGGGGCAAGUGUGGGUUUGCAUUUAUUGUCACCAUUAAGUAAAGGAUUGUUUCACAAAGCAAUCUUACAAAGUGGAAGUCCUUUUUGUUCAUGGGCUGUCUUGCCACCGGGCUUAGCUGAGCGACGUGCCAAAGCUGUUGCUACAAUUACUGGCUGUCCUCCCAAUUCGGAAGAUAUGAUUGACUGUUUAAGGCUCUUACCCGCCGAUACAUUUGUGCAAUUGCAUAGAAAUUUUUUCGAAUGGGAAGUACAUCCAUCAGUCACUUUUUCAGCCGUUGUAGAAAAAUGCAAUGACAAAAAAGAUUCGUUUUUAUGCAAUUAUCCUUUAAAAUAUUAUAAACAAGAAUCACUAGUACCAGUUAUAAUUGGAAUGAAUUCCGGAGAAGGUGGUUUUUUUGCAUCUCGAUUGUAUAAUGAAAAUGGUCUUAUCUACUCUGAAUUUGAAGACAAUUUCAGACGAGUAGUACCCUUAAUGCUGCUUUAUCAUUUCACUGCUUCCUACAAAGACGUUGGUGUUAUUAGUGACAAAUUAAAACAGCAUUACUUUCCAGAGGGGACUUCGAUCGAAGAAAAUCCUAAAAAAACAGUCGAUAUGGUCACUGGUGGUAUAUUCUUAAAAGGGGUUAUUGACAUGGCCAAUCAUGUAAUGUCACCUGUACACUUUUAUGUAUACGACUAUGUAAACAAGCAUUCAUUAAAUACAUUCUUCGGACCAUGUCCAAAACAUUUAGGUGUCACUCACGGCGAUGAAAUGAUUAGUCUUUUCGACUUCAUAGGCAAGCGGUUAAACACACAAGACGAAAAUGUGUCUAAACUUAUGGUAGACAUUUGGACGAACUUUGCUAGCUCUGAUAAGUUGACUAUAGAUGGCAAAAGUAACGGAAACUCUUGGCCGAGAUAUAACAAAAAGGACAUGAAAUAUUUAUUAAUAAAAUCAUCCACACCUAUUUUAUCUGAAAGACCAUUUAUGGACGAGUACAACUUUUGGAGCGGGCUACCACUGACGCCUAGUGUCAAUAAUAGUCGAGAAUAUUCCAAGAUUGAACUUUAAAUGUGUAUAAAUUAAGAUUGUAAGCGUCUUUAAUUUUAACCGUUAUUAUUCUAAAUGCAUGUUAGAGUAAAUAAUUAUUUAAGUUAUUA